CAGCCUCACAGCCAUGCGGAGCUGAGCUCCGGCCCGGGCCCUGGCCGCCGCAGCCCGCCCCGGCUCCCGCCCUCGCGGACCCGCCCGGCCCUUGGCCUCGGCGCCUUAGCCGCCCCGGGCCGGCCGAGCCCCCCGCGCAGGGCCCGGGCCGCGGCUACGGCGGCGGCGGCGGCGGCGGUGGCGGCGACGCGCCCGCCCGGCCCCCUCCCCCGGCGCCGGCCAAGUGAGGCGGUGAUGCGGGCGCUGGCGGCCUGGGCUGCGCCGAGAGCGGAGACACAGGCUCAAGAUGGCAGAUUCCCACUGAGGCUGAGGGGGCCGAGCUCGCGCGCCGUGUUCCCUUCUCCGUUGCCAUGAACCGCGGACACCCCGGCCCCGAUGGCCCCCGUGUACGAAGGUAUGGCCUCACAUGUGCAAGUUUUCUCCCCUCACACCCUUCAAUCAAGUGCCUUCUGUAGUGUGAAGAAACUAAAAGUAGAGCCAAGUUCCAACUGGGACAUGACUGGGUACGGCUCCCACAGCAAAGUGUACAGCCAGAGCAAGAACAUACCACCUUCUCAGCCAGCCUCCACAACCGUCAGCACCUCCUUGCCAAUCCCCAACCCAAGCCUACCUUACGAGCAGACCAUCAUCUUUCCAGGAAGUACUGGACACAUAGUUGUAACAUCAGCAAGCAGCACUUCUGUCACCGGGCAAGUCCUCGGUGGACCACAUAACCUAAUGCGUCGUAGCACUGUGAGCCUCCUUGACACCUACCAAAAAUGUGGACUCAAGCGCAAGAGUGAGGAGAUUGAGAACACAAGCAGCGUGCAGAUCAUUGAAGAGCAUCCACCCAUGAUUCAGAAUAAUGCCAGCGGGGCCACUGUAGCCACUGCCACCACAUCCACUGCCACCUCCAAAAACAGUGGCUCCAACAGUGAAGGGGACUAUCAGCUGGUGCAGCAUGAAGUGCUGUGCUCCAUGACCAACACUUAUGAGGUUUUAGAGUUCUUGGGGCGAGGGACAUUUGGGCAAGUGGUCAAGUGCUGGAAACGGGGAACCAAUGAAAUUGUGGCUAUUAAGAUCCUAAAGAAUCACCCCUCCUACGCCCGGCAGGGCCAGAUCGAAGUGAGCAUCUUGGCGCGGCUGAGCACGGAGAGCGCUGAUGACUACAAUUUUGUGCGGGCCUAUGAGUGCUUCCAGCACAAGAACCAUACAUGCUUAGUCUUUGAGAUGUUGGAACAGAACCUCUAUGACUUUCUGAAACAGAACAAGUUUAGUCCCUUGCCCCUCAAGUAUAUUCGCCCAGUCCUCCAGCAGGUAGCCACAGCCCUGAUGAAACUCAAAAGCCUGGGUCUUAUCCAUGCUGACCUCAAACCAGAAAACAUCAUGCUGGUAGAUCCAUCCAGACAACCGUACCGAGUGAAGGUCAUUGACUUUGGUUCAGCUAGUCAUGUGUCCAAAGCUGUCUGCUCUACGUACUUGCAAUCCAGAUACUACAGGGCUCCUGAGAUCAUCCUUGGUUUGCCUUUCUGUGAGGCAAUUGACAUGUGGUCCCUUGGUUGUGUCAUUGCUGAGCUGUUCCUGGGCUGGCCAUUAUACCCAGGUGCUUCUGAGUAUGAUCAGAUUCGAUAUAUUUCACAAACACAAGGUUUACCAGCUGAAUAUUUAUUAAGUGCAGGGACAAAGACAACUAGGUUUUUCAACCGUGACACAGAUUCACCAUAUCCUUUGUGGAGGCUAAAGACGCCAGAUGACCAUGAAGCAGAGACUGGGAUUAAGUCAAAAGAAGCAAGAAAGUACAUUUUCAACUGUCUGGAUGAUAUGGCCCAGGUGAACAUGACAGCGGAUUUGGAAGGGAGUGACAUGUUAGUAGAGAAGGCAGACCGACGGGAGUUCAUUGACCUGUUAAAGAAGAUGCUGACCAUAGACGCUGAUAAGAGGAUCACUCCCAUUGAAACUCUGAACCACCCCUUUGUCACCAUGACACACCUGCUUGAUUUUCCCCAUAGUACUCAUGUCAAGUCUUGUUUCCAAAACAUGGAGAUUUGCAAGCGCCGGGUGAAUAUGUAUGACACAGUGAACCAGAGCAAAACACCUUUCAUCACACAUGUGGCCCCCAGCACAUCUACAAACUUGACCAUGACCUUUAACAACCAGCUGACCACUGUCCACAACCAGGCUCCCUCCUCCUCCAGUGCCACUCUCUCCUUAGCCAAUCCCGAAGUCUCCAUACUAAACUACCAAUCUACACUCUACCAGCCCUCAGCGGCAUCCAUGGCCGCCGUGGCCCAGCGGAGCAUGCCCCUGCAGACAGGAACAGCCCAAAUCUGUGCCCGACCUGACCCCUUCCAGCAAGCUCUCAUCGUGUGUCCCCCUGGCUUCCAAGGCCUGCAGGCCUCUCCCUCCAAGCAUGCUGGCUACUCCGUGCGGAUGGAAAAUGCCGUUCCCAUCGUCACUCAGGCUCCAGGAGCUCAGCCUCUUCAGAUCCAGCCAGGUCUGCUCGCUCAGCAGGCCUGGCCAGGUGGGGCCCAACAGAUCCUCCUUCCUCCAGCGUGGCAGCAGCUGACGGGCGUGGCCACGCACACAUCUGUGCAGCAUGCGGCUGUGAUCCCCGAGGCCAUGGCAGGCACCCAGCAGCUGGCCGACUGGAGGAACACACAUGCUCAUGGAAGUCAUUACAAUCCCAUCAUGCAGCAGCCUGCACUCUUGACUGGUCAUGUGACCCUUCCAGCUGCCCAGCCCUUAAAUGUGGGUGUAGCCCACGUGAUGAGGCAACAACCAACCAGCACCACCUCCUCCAGGAAGAGUAAGCAGCACCAGUCAUCUGUGAGAAAUGUCUCCACCUGUGAGGUGACCUCCUCACAGGCUAUCAGCUCCCCUCAGCGAUCCAAGCGUGUCAAGGAAAACACUCCCCCACGGUGUGCUGUGGCACACAGCAGCCCAGCCUGCAGCACCUCGGUCACCUGUGGGUGGGGUGACGUGGCCUCCAGCACCACCCGGGAGCGACAGCGGCAGACGAUUGUCAUCCCCGACACCCCGAGCCCCACAGUCAGUGUCAUCACCAUCAGCAGUGACACUGAUGAAGAGGAGGAACAGAAGCAUGCCCCCACCAGCACAGUCUCCAAGCAAAGAAAAAACGUCAUCAGCUGUGUCACAGUCCAUGACUCUCCAUACUCUGACUCCUCCAGCAAUACCAGCCCCUACGCCGUGCAGCAGCGCACAGGGCACAAUGGCAUCAAUGCCUUGGACACCAAGGGGGGCCUGGAGAAUCACUGCACUGGUAACCCCCGCACCAUCAUCGUACCCCCACUGAAGACGCAGGCCAGUGAAGUGUUGGUAGAAUGUGACAGCCUAGGGCCAGCGGUCAACACCAGUCACCAUUCGUCCUCCUUCAAGUCCAAGUCCUCCAGCACCGUGACCUCCACCAGUGGACACUCUUCAGGGAGCUCGUCAGGAGCCAUCGCCUACCGUCAGCAGCGGCCAGGCCCCCACUUCCAGCAGCAGCAGCCCCUCAAUCUCAGCCAGGCUCAGCAGCACAUGGCUGCGGACCGCACUGGGAGUCACCGUCGACAGCAGGCCUACAUCACUCCUACCAUGGCACAGGCUCCAUACACCUUCCCGCACAACAGCCCCAGCCAUGGCACUGUUCACCCCCACCUGGCUGCGGCUGCCCACCUCCCCACCCAGCCUCACCUCUACACCUAUACGGCGCCCACAGCCCUAGGCUCUACCGGCACUGUAGCCCACCUGGUGGCAUCCCAAGGCUCAGCACGCCACACCGUGCAGCACGCCGCCUACCCGGCCAGCAUCGUCCACCAGGUCCCUGUGAGCAUGGGGCCCCGGGUCCUGCCCUCGCCCACCAUCCACCCCAGUCAGUAUCCGGCCCAGUUUGCCCACCAGACCUAUAUCAGCGCCUCGCCAGCCUCCACCGUCUACACUGGAUAUCCACUGAGUCCUGCCAAGGUCAACCAAUACCCUUAUAUAUAAACACUGGAGGAGGCCCGCCAGGGAGGAGGGUGGAGGAGCUCCCAGACCGACACCGACCGGGGAGCUGGGAUUUUCCGCUGCAGGUGCCGCACACAAACAGUGCAAACGGAGCAGGGAGGGGCAGUCGGGCACAGACGGAACGUGAACUAGGAAGUGGGAGGACUUAGAGCGGAGAAGAGAACAUUGUAAAAGGAGGGGUGAGGAAGGGAAAUCUAUGCUUUUUAUUUUAAAAAAGAAAAAGAAAAAAAAAGAAAAAGAAAAAUGUUAGUAACAAAAGAGGAAAAAAAGAAAAAACACAGCUCACAAACCCAUUCUGCACCAAACUGGAAAGGAGAAGAGGAGCUACAGGAGGAGACUCUGGAAGCAAGGGGCCCCAGUUUUUUGAAGAACUUUAUGAACUUUUUAAAGAUUAUUUUCAUAUGGCAGCAAGUGACAUUGAAGAAUUUGCUGUCAGGGACACCUGAUAUGGAAAUCCAAUAGAUUUUUAAUUAAUUGAACAUAAAAAUUAGGGAUUUUCCCAGAACUCCAAAAGGGUCAACAUCCCUUUCAAAUUUCAGGCUAUGGCCUGAAGAGGCUCAUAUUUUGGGGUAGUCUGGGGUUGGCAAAGCCCAGUUCUGGCUUAUUUGUCAGAAAUAGUGGGGUCGGCCAAACUAAUGGAAGAUUCCCCCAGGAGAAGGGUGGGUUUCCUCUCUUGGAGCAUUCUGGGUAAAUCCCUAAGCAAUGUUAUCCCUCAGAUGUCAUUAAUGAUGUAUGUUGCAAUUUUUAAAUUUUUUCUUUUCUGAGGUUUUUUUUCUCUUUGAAUCAACCCCUAGUCAUGUAGCAUAGAGCUAGCGGUUGUCCUGGACACCCUAGACGAAUGUAGCACUGCACCCUUGUUUCCUACCUUGUGUUCAACUCCAGUGAUACCAAUAGACUAUUCCUCAUAUAAUUGCACAAAGUGAUUUAACAUAGGCAUGGAACCAGUGGUGGUCCAGGUGAGCGAGUGAGUGUGCGAGCACGUGUGGGUGUGACCGGGGCUGCCACCCUCCCUGGGUGCCCCUUGGCACUGCCGUCACAGCCCUUGCAGUCUUGAUUUUACAUCAUUCCCUCCUAGUGCCUUAAUGACUGACUGACAGAGACACAGCAAAGGGUUUACGUCCACUGGUACUCCAAGAAACUGGUCGGGGCUGGUCAGAUUUUCUCAGCUCUUGUGUAAGCUGUUAAAGUCUUUUACUUGGGUCUUUAUGUUUUUCAUUGUUUUAAUGUCGUGUGGAUUGUCUUUCCUGGGCUCUUUGUGAGCAGAAGGAUUUCAAAGAAGCUUGCAUAACGAGAAGGGGAGAAUCAUGGAUUUCAAGAGGGACAUGGGCGCCGUAUGGUGAGGCACACGGGUGACAACUGGCUCUUUUGGUGAGUUUUACUUUGAGAGCAGAGAUCCAGAGAGACUCUUCACCCUACCCUGGCUCUACCAUGUAUGGCGCUAGGGAGUCUUAGGAAUGUCAGCAUUGCCAGGCAGCUGCCUCGGCCUCCAAGCCCACCACCUCCUUCCUGGAACCUUAUGGGGAGAGGGCAUGAGAUGUUAUCUGCCCAGUCCCUCCCUCCCUCCCUCCCUCCCUCCUACAAACCUGGCAGUCUCAGACACACCCACCUCUCUCUCCACCAGCUCUGGAGCUAGGCAGGCUCCUAGUUUCGCCAGCUUUCUCCCCCUACAGCCCUCCAGUGGUAAGUCUACUGUCACUUCUGGCCUGAAAUUAACCUAGCUCUCCCUAGACAGUUGGAUCUCUGCCUUUGAGAGAUCAUGAGCAGAGGGCUGGAGGGACACUAUUGAGGUGGCCAGGGGUCCACUGCACUGAGAAGACACUGCCGUGGGCAACUACCCUGAGCCUCUGUACACCUUUGUUGCAUUUUGCAUAUUUUCUCCAGCUUUGAACAGUGGAGUGUGUAGGAGUUCUCUGCUCCUAUUGAGAAACUCUGAAGCCAUUGAUGUUAGACCAGUCAGGUCCAGGAUGGUAUGAAUUGUUUGGUCCUGAUGUGAGUCCUAGCUGGCCCCUCAUCCACACUGUCAGGCACAAAGAGGUCUCUGGUCAGCAGUCCAGCAUCCUUCAGUUUUUUCCUCCCUCUUUGGGCCCUGAUCAAGCUACUGUGAAAGGCUCUUCUUGUGAUACCUGCCCUCCUUCAGUAAUGAAGCUUACUUAGCUGUUAGCUGUGAAAAACUCUGGAAACCUCCCCCAACCAUUAAUUCUGAUAAAGUCAAGUCCCUGAACUGGAUGUGUCUCAAUGCACCUUGGGCCAAAAAGAAGACACGAUAGACUUGGGCAUGGUCUGACCACUCCAGCCACAGCCUUGCUGGGCAUGAACGGAAUGAUGCCGGCCUGUGGUAGGGAGCUCCAUUUUUCUCAUUCUGAUCAGAACCAUGUUAUUCCAAGACCAGCUCUGGGUGGAGGUAAGACAGCCAGAAAGCUGUCCAUUCGGAGAGGGAUAAGGAGCAAAGCCUUUGGAGCCCCUGAGCCAGAGGCUGCUAGAGCCCCACCAGCAUGGAAGUCUGUCACAGAAGGUUCUAGCAGCUAGAUGGCAGUAUUUCCAUGGGACUGUCUCAUACUAAGUCACCAUACUAAACUGCAGCUGACAGUGGGCCUGGGCGUGCCCUGUGUGGGCAGCCCCGGGAAGGCCAGCACUCUGUAGAGCUGGUCAUCUGGGGAGGCCGACCUUGCCCCUCAUCUCUUCCUGUCUGCUUGAGUUGCAGCUUCUCACUCUUCCACACGGCCUCCCUUCCUCUUCCAGAUCAGGAACGAGUGUUCUUGCUGCUCAUUAAAUUAGUAUUGUACUGAUUGUUUGUAUUACUGCCACUGUAAUUAUGAUUAUCAUCACCUUGUUGCUAUUUUAGUCAGGGUUUGAAGUAUACAUUUAUUCCAAGUAUCUUUGUGUUUUCUUCAUAAUAUUUAAAUUUAUUUUAUUCUUGCUGUAUAUGAGUAGACUGGAGGGACAUAUAGAUUAGAUGUCUGAUCUUGUCAGAGGAAAGAAAAGGAAAAAAAAAAAAAAGGGAAGGCCCAGGAAUUAGGAAAAAUUGUUUCUAUCAACUCUGACCGGCAAAUCUCUCACAAAGCAGAGAUUUGGAUACACUGGGCCUUCCUCUAUGCAAGGCCCAGCUGUGGUACAAGCCGCUGUCAGUGCCCUGUCAUUCAGACCCUCUGGCUGCUUCUCUCACAAUCUCUGUGCUCUCCUUCAAGGGUGAACUACUGACCAGAUUUUAAUGUUGGCAUUAAACCUGCCUCGCAUCUGACAUUUAGCGUAAAAAGGCCCCUCUGUCAAAGCUUCCACACACACCCACUACCACUCCCUUCACUAUUUCCACACACACCCGGCCCAUCCCUUCACUAUUUCCAUUAACAUACUUGGAGUGUGGCUUAUCUCCCUCAGUGCAGAGAUAGUGGUCCCACCUGACAGCCACUCGGUACAGUGCGUCCUGUGAGAGUUUCCUCAUCGGCUCUUCCCUGGGCAUAGCCUCCCAUCUCCCAAUUCUAGGGAGCCAAGUAAAGGAACACCUGGAAAGGACCCCUUCUAAAUCACUGGCAAGUGAAGGGCACUUAUAGGCCACCCCACUUCUGAGCUGUGGCUGUGCCCUGCACUGUGAUGAUGGAUGUGUAUACAUGGCCCACUACCACUCAGAAACAGCCAGGCCCCCAGGGAAGAAAAGAUUGAAGCAAUAGCUUCCCCAAACAGAAGCCAGCCACUCUGCAAACCUCAUCCCACAACCACCCCUCCCUUGAUCUCAAGUCCCAUAUUCAGAGCUGAUGCAUCAGAAGUACCAGGGAACGCAGCUAGUUAGCAUCCUCACCUCGGUUCCCACGGAGGUGCUCUGCCCUGCAUCCCCCUACAGAGACGAAGGAAGAAGGCUGCUGCCCUGGGGACCGUGCUCUCAGUUCAAGGAGGGCCACAUAGUCCUUUCCAGUGGGCCUUCUUUAAUGUGGAUAACCUGCUCAGCAUGAGGAAGAUGAGGUCAGCUCAAGGAAACAGGUCUGUGGUCCCUCAUGACCCUGCUGCUGCUCGCUGGGUUCCUACUGGGCCCUGGCACCCGUGUCUCUCUGUUAAUGCGUCAGGGUGAUGUUUAGGAAGGUGGAUGAGCAGGAGAGUAGGUGAGGCUUGUGUUAGCGCCAGUGAGCCCUGAGAAAUGGGUAUGUUAGAUGUGAUUCCGAGGAGGGGGUGGGGUGGCCCAGGGUCCCUGACUGUGAGUUUCUCCCCUUCCUGGCGACAGAGUUGUUUGCAGAUAUAUGACCUGCUGCCGACAACCAACCUGGCUUUGUUCUCCUGUCUAAGAACUGGAACUGACCAACCAGUGUCAGGAAGGAAAGUUAGGAACUGACCAACCAGUGUCAGCAGGUCAGGAAGGGAGGUUAACACAGCAGGCAGGACCUCCCUGGACGGGCCUCAGGUGUUGCAGACACUCAUUUUGAACAGUGUGUGGUGAAGGAACAGGUUGGGUGAUCGUGAGUAGAGUGAGGUGCCUAGGAGGCUUGGGGAAGUAUUGCUGGUGGUUCCUGACGACAGGUGAUGGCGACAGGUCCCCAUCCUGCCCCUCCCUCCCCCGGGUUCUCCACAUCUGAGGGAGGGUAGGAUGUGGGAGUGGCUCUGGCUGGCCUGCCAAGUAGCUGCUCAGACAGAAAACAGAAAGAUUGCUCUGUGCCUCAGGUAGCAGACAGAAUCCCAUGAGGCAAGCUCUCCUUUCAUGGCCCAGCUUGAGACUGCACACACACACACACACACCACCAGCCAUUGCACCACAGCACACUCUAGCCCAGGGUCUCAGGCCUUGGUCUUCACUCAUGUUUUUUCCCUCUUAUUUGCUUUACAAAUUUUCUGUGGAGAAGCCUAAAGAUUAAGCAAGCCUGAGAUGUCCUUACCAAAUUGGAAAGGAAAGUAAAACUGUCCCUUUCUAUAGCCAAAGAACCCUCUCAAAGAUAUCUCUAGAGAUGGACAGAAGCAUUCCCUGUUCCUUUCUGGGCAAUAAUGACUUCAGUGACCUUCAUUUAUCUUUCCUUUCUGUCCUGCCUUUUUUUUUAUUGCAUUUAUUUCAAAACCACUCAUCUUUAACGAGGAAUGGAGUAGUGGCCCUAAAUGCUGCUACUCCAGGGAACUGAUAUCCGUCUAGCGCUCAUUUGUGAUUAAUUGAUCUAAUGCUACUGUGGGAAGCUAGAAAACAAGCAAGCAACCUUCUCUGAUGACCUCACACUAUAUGCCAGGCUCGGGAUGUGUAGGACGGCUGGUGAUGGCAGUAUCAAACCACUUGCCGAGUCUCCAUAAUCAGACACAGCCAAGUCAGCCAAGCCACUAGACAACCAAAGAUGGCGAGCUUGAUUGCAAAGGGAACCUCGAGAGCUUUGGCCCUGUGGCUCCCGGUAGGAACCGCCUGAGGGAAGGUUUCCGGAGUCUUGAGGUAGCUGAGAGAAGUAGCUCCAGCCAGUCUCCUCCCCUUUGACUCAGCUGCCAGAAAAGAGAUCCUGGAGGUUCCUGUCACAGAACCUCCAUGCUUCCUGGCUUUUAAGCUGGAACCCCUCCCUGCCCCGCAAUCCUUUCAGGGUCCCUCAUCUCAGACCCAUCCAGGAGAACAUUAUACUGAUUGUCUCUUGCUGCACAGUAGCAGUAUCCCUCAUGUAAGGACUCACUGACAUUUGUUGCGUAUUCACAGUAUGCCAAGCCCUUUCUCAGUGUUCCCUCAGAGACCCAUCCCUGGGAAGAAGUCAACACCCCCUGUGUGACAGAUAGAAAAGCUGGCCCUGUGAGGAAGUGGCAUGUGUGAAAGGGGAAUAUGGUGCAUCUCAGAGCCCCCAAGUUCCUAAUCCUGGUUUUGUUAACCAGGGCUUUACUGAUGUGAAAUUUUGUUUUCCUGUUUCACUAACUGCGGUGCGCAGCCUCCUGUCUCUAACGAGCCAUUUAAUGAUGCUCCCAUUCCAUGUGCCAAACACUGUGCUAAGAAUUGCUGAUGAGCCCCAGGACACCAGCCAUGCAGUGCCUGUCCAGAGGAGGCGCCUGGCCCACAGACCCUGGACCCUGCCCAGGCCACCUAGCUAAGAAGGAGGGAGGACAGGGCUGACAUUCUGUUUGCUUGGCUCCAGAGCUGAGCUCAGACACCAGCCUCAGCUGCCCUCCUUGUAUAACAAGGACAGUCCUUUGCAGAAUGUCACACCCUGCCUGCCCUGUGUGACAGUGGGCUUCAGCAGGUAUGUGCAAAGAGGGUUCCAGGAUUGGAUGCAGGUGGAAGAGGCAGAGUUUGACUUUAAGUCUCUGGGGCGUUUCUCUGGAUUCCUAGAAUUCCUUUCCAGCAACUAGCUUUAGUCACCCAGGCUGCUGCAGCUCCUAUGAGAGUGGAGGGAAAGUGUUCUUUCCUUUAAAUAAAUACAUAAAUAAAGAUUUUUUUCCUUGCUUAUAGUUAAUCCUAGAAAGGCAAUACUAAAAGUAUAUAUUUUUUUCCAAAUGCUAUUUUUUACUGUACUUGAUAAAUAUGACAGCUCUGAUCUCCGUACUAGGCCUGCUCUUCAGCUCUGCCCAGAACCAGAAGCCAGGCUCGUGCCAGAUCUGUAAAUACUGCGUGGGGCUGGCUCCAGGAAACAAAAAGGGGGGAGGGGGAUAAAAGCAGGAUGACUCUUGGGAAGAAGAACAAAAUUGAGUUUCCUUGUAAGAGAUGACCUUCUCAAAGAGAAGGGCUACAGCAAGACUGGGCAGAGCAACCCCAGGACACACGGCGCCGCCAUGGGGUUCGGGUUCAGAGUGCUGUGCAGGAAGUCUCUGUUCACCUGAGAGACGACAAACUCUAGAAACGCUUGAGAGCUGGGCUUUAGCGUCUUCAGACUGUUUCGGGCCGGUGUCUUGUUUCUCCUUUCUUUUAAAAAUGUCUUUACUAACUGACUCCAGGCUUGCUUGCCUAAAUUCUUAGGUGGUUUACACAAGUUCUAAAUUCUUGUAGAACUUUAAAUCCAUUGGAAGCAAACCCGUACUGUGUAGAUCUGAGAACCUGGCUGGGGUCCGUGGGUGCUGUGGGCCUCAGGCAGAGCACCCAGCAACCUCCACAAGGUUUUUUAGCUACAUUAUCUUACACAAACUGUGACCCUAAUGGCAAUAAUUACCUCAAAUUGUGGGCAUUCGUCCUGGUUUAGCCUUUUAAAAAAUCAUGUAGCCAGCUUGAUCUUGUGAUUUAAAAGACAAUGACUUGUUCUCUGUGGGCUGGAAGGGAGGAUUAAUGCAUGCCCUGGCCACUGUUGUCUAAAUGAAUUCUGAGAACAGACUUCUCAUCAUUACACCAGAGGUGAAACCAAGAAGAAGAGAUGACUCUGCGUGUCCUAAUCAACGCACUGUUCAAGUGCACGGAGCAGGUCUCUCACUACGGUAACAUGCCCUUUGAUUGAUUGCUCCAGUAUCAUGUAAACUACACAAUUGACUGUAGAUACUCAAACAUACUCUGGCUACACUUUAAAGUAUUUUAAAGUUUACAUUUAACCUGGUACUUUUUAAAAAUAAACUUGUUUAUAACUGACAUCUUCAACCACAGCGAUUGACUAACUGUGUUAGGAGCUGUGUCUCCCCAAGGUAGGCAUGUUCUGCUCAUGCUGUUGCGUAGCCUGAUGCGUGUUUCCCUUAGUGUCGCUUUCCAGUGAACCUGAGCGAAUGUGAAAGGAAGUCUAGAGGGAAUGGGAAGGGGUGGGUCCUGAACCUGGGUCACAGGAAGAGGGCAGUGCCACAUGUGCCAGCGCCUGGAGGGGGCAGUGACUGAGCUUGCUUUGUCACCUUUGCCCUGAUGUGGAUGCUUCCUUUGUGACUGACCACUCACCUGGCAGUAGGUGAUGCUGGCACAGCAGCUGGGCAGGCGUGCUUGCAUGCUCCGGGUUCUGCGGGGAACCUUGGUCAGCAUUCUGAGAGGGAGAGCCGGACCCCUGUGCCCACGUUCAGUGGCUGGACUUUCCACACCAUGCUGUUUGCGUCAGUUUUUUUCUUUAAAACAAAACCCAUGUAAAAUAAUGUCUACUUUAAUUUCCCCAAUGCCUGGCUAAGAUGUGAAACCCAGUUCAGAAGAAGGCUUCAGGGCUGAAGGGCAGGGAUGGGCAAUGCAGGAUGGUUCUGGAGACUAGGUCCACAGAGGGGUUUACAGCGAAGAAAACGGGCUUCAGAGAUGUGAGCGGGCCCCAUUGUUAGGCAAGAGAAGACAGGAAAUGUCAGUUUCCCUGACAGUUUUGUAAGGUUUGGGUUGGGUUUUUACUGGGGUAUUUUGUUUCCUUAUUUACGUUGUGUCUUUAAGACAAGUUCCCACCAUGUAGCCCUGGCUGGUCUCGAACUCACAAUGUGAAACUGGUUUUGUUGGGUUUUGGUUUUCUCUUGUGCCACCACUAAACUGUAGAGGACCCAUGGUGACCUGUGGUGACUCCUCACCGCCCGUAUUUGCUUUGCGUUCCCAGCAUGCUCUUGUGUCUGUUAGAAUGUCCUUGUAGAAUGUUCUCAUACUUCUUAGUCAUAUCCAGCGUGUGUGUGUGUGUGUGUGUGUGUGUGUGUGUGUUUUGCUUUGCACUAAUAAACCAAAUGAAUUUUGUCUCUUUGUCUUUGAAGCUAACCCAUGUUUUUAAAAGUGAGAGGUAUAGAAAUGGGCUUUUCAUUAUUAUUUGAAAAGUAAAUUCACUGUAGCUUAAAAAAAGGGCUCUGCUGUCGAUCUCUUUAGUUCCCUCUCCAAUUUCCAAAUGACUCUCCUGGCCCCAUCCCCACCUCUGUGUCCCAACUUCAGAUCCUGCUCAGGCACUCAGGACUCCCAGAAAGCCCCGCUCUGGGAGCCACGCCCCUGACUCCCUGACUCCCUGCCCAGCCUUUGGUCCAUGGCUGCCCUUGCUGCCAGUGCUCUGGCUCAGGUUAUGAGGAAGGACGUGGAAGUCAAAAGUGACUUAACUGUGCCAUCCUCUAGCUUUCUAUGACUCUGAGUGCACCGCGCGCGUGCGCGCGCACGCGCACACACACACACACACACACACCAUGUGCCCUUCAGAGCAGAGGUCCUGUUCACACCACCUCUGAGUCUGUUGGCUUCCUGCCCUCUCUAUCCCUCUCUCUGUGUUACUGCCCACUUAACGCUGGCUUUCUUCCACGGGUUACCCAGGGCACAAUCAUUUACAGCCCCCAAAGCACCCUUCACCUCUUUAUGUGUGUAUUUUAACCAAAUGAAGUUGACAAGAAAGGCGUAUGUUGGGGCUGCAGGAUUUCUAGCAUAGUAGAAGCAUUGUAUAGAUAGAGAUGUUGAUAUAUAUGUGUGUGUAUAUAUAUAUAUCAAGCCAAAUUUCUGAUAGAAAAGUCUAGCUUUAUGGAUGAGAAGGAAAGGGAGCCCUUUAGAGGUUGGAGCCAGCCUCAAUGUGUCCAGUGCAAGACACUGUGGUGCUUGCCACACCUCUGCACCGCUGGGCUCUGCCACUCCCUCUGGGUCCCCAGCAACAAAGGCCUGGGAGAGCAAGGAGACAGAGAUCGGAAGGACUGGAACUCUUCAGCCCAUUUUGCUCUGACCACAUGUUUUGGGCUGCAGCCUGAUAGUAUAUCACAUUUCCAAAAGUAGUGCCAUGAAGAUGGCAAAGAGGUCUGUCGCAAUGCUUAGCUUUCGGCUGCCUGUGACUUCAGGAUGCUCAGGACAGAAAGACACACUCCCCAAAACAAGACCAUGGAGAAGGAGACCUGGCAGUACCCAUCCCCCAGGCCAAGGAAUGAGGCUCCCUCCCCCAGGUCAUCUCACUACAGUUUUCUCUACCAGGUCAUCUCAGCUCAGUCUCCAUAACCUCUCGAAAGCCCUGGCCUGUCGUGUUCCUUCACUGUAUGGUUUCUGUAAUAAAGUGUUAAUCCAUGUUAAUCUGUGUGGGGAUUAUUGCGUGCAGCAGUAUUUUCUUGUGUACCUCUUUUUCCUCCGUGAUGUGUCCCUCUUUUUUUUUUAAUUUAUAAAUGUCUAAUUUUUUUUUAGGACAAACCAGUGUGUCGUAGACCUCUAUGUAACCUGUUCCUUAGUCUCAUUAUAGGUAUGUUAUAAGGAUGGAUAUUUUACUUGGCUUUAGAAUGUUUUUCAAGAAAACUAAUUCUUAACUGAUGAAGUUGUUGCUACUAAAAUGCUUGUUUUCAUCAUGACGUUGUGCGCUUCUAAAUUAAUCAUCAUUUUCGUUGUAGAAAAAUGGAGUGAAUUUAUAUUAGUCUUGGAAACUAAUAAUAGCAUUGUAAAUUUAUGAGAUGAUUUUAACAGAAAAAAUUAUAGAAGAAUAUAGUUAUUUUAAUUGUAAUAUUACUAACUGUAGGGUGAGGCGGGGGUCCUGUCGUGGGGAACUGUUAUAGCUUGUUACUCAGUUUCUUUUUGAUCAUUUUCUCAGUCUCUGAAGUGAAGCGAGUUAUUAAUUGAAUCUGUAAACUCACAUAUGCAUAUUGUAUAUGUGUAGCGAUGUGAUCACACUGUCUUGGAAUUACAUUAAACUGUUCGGAAUCACUGA